UUGGAUUGCGUCUUUUUGGAAGGCGAAGUAUGGUGGCGGCAAUGCUAUGGAGUUUCCGCUACUCCUCUGCUUUCAUGCCAUCAGGUUAGGAAGCUAGCAAGAGAGCUAAGCUAACGUCACUCUAGGCCUAUAGGAGCAGACCAGCGGGAGAGCUACCAAGAUCAGACACCGCUAUUCGGAAGGAGACUCAAAUACCUUUAUGAAUCUGCAUGAGAACAUUUAAAAUCCCAGAAAUAUGGUGGUUCUCAAAAUUCGAGACCAGCCUGCUUUGCUGAAAGCUAUUUUCAAUGUGGACCCAGAUGAAGUACGCUCGCUCAUAUUCAAAAAAGAGGAUGUGAAUGCGCAGGACAAUGAGAAGCGAACUCCAUUGCAUGCUGCUGCUUAUCUUGGAGAUGCAGAAAUUAUGGAGCUUCUGAUUCUUUCAGGUGCCAGAGUAAAUGCCAAAGAUAACAAGUGGCUCACUCCUCUGCACCGUGCUGUGGCCUCCUGUAGUGAGGAGGCCGUCCAAGUGUUACUGAAACACUCUGCAGACGUAAACGCCAGAGACAAGAACUGGCAGACGCCGCUACACAUCGCCGCAGCAAAUAAAGCUGUCCGCUGCGCUGAAGCUCUCGUCCCACUGCUCAGCAAUGUGAAUGUGUCAGAUAGAGCGGGCCGGACUGCCCUGCACCAUGCAGCCUUCAGCGGUCAUCUGGAGAUGGUGAGGCUCCUGCUCUCCAGAGGAGCAAACAUCAAUGCCUUUGACAAGAGGGACCGCCGUGCAAUCCACUGGGCAGCCUACAUGGGGCACAUAGAAGUGGUGAAGCUGCUGGCAUCUCAUGGAGCCGAGGUGGCCUGCAAAGACAAGAAAUCGUACACCCCCCUACACGCAGCAGCCUCCAGUGGAAUGAUCAGCAUUGUUAAAUACCUCCUGGACUUGGGGGUGGAUAUCAAUGAGCCCAAUGCGUAUGGCAACACACCCCUCCACGUGGCCUGCUACAAUGGGCAGGAUGUGGUGGUGAACGAGCUCAUUGAGUGUGGAGCUAAUGUCAACCAGGUGAACGAGAAGGGGUUCGCACCUCUCCAUUUUACCGCCGCUUCACGCCAUGGGGCACUCUGUCUGGAGCUCCUAGUGUGCAACGGCGCUGAUGUCAACAUCAAGAGUAAAGAUGGUAAGACUCCCCUCCACAUGACGGCCAUCCACGGCAGGUUUUCUAGGUCUCAAGCAAUCAUUGGGAAUGGUGCUGAGAUUGACUGUGAAGAUAAGAACGGAAAUACACCACUGCACAUUGCAGCUCGAUACGGACACGAGCUCCUCAUCAACACCCUCAUCACCAACAGAGCUGACACGGCUAAACGAGGGGUUCAUGGUAUGUUCCCACUGCAUUUGGCUGCACUUAGUGGAUUCUCUGACUGCUGCAGAAAGCUUCUGUCUUCAGGCUUUGAUGUUGAUACUCCUGAUGACUUUGGAAGGACCUGUUUACAUGCUGCAGCUGCUGGAGGAAACCUGGAAUGUCUCAAUCUUCUCCUCAAUACGGGGGCCGACUUUAACAGAAAGGACAGCUUUGGCAGGACCCCCCUGCACUACGCUGCUGCCAACUGUAACUACCAGUGCCUGUUUGCUCUGGUGGGCUCUGGGGCAAGCGUCAAUGACCUAGACGAGCGGGGCUGUACUCCUCUCCACUACGCCGCUGCCUCUGACACAGAUGGAAAGUGCCUGGAAUAUUUACUGCGAAAUGAUGCAAAUCCAGGGAUCCGAGACAAUCAGGGCUACAAUGCUGUGCACUACGCCUCGGCAUACGGACAUCGCCUCUGUCUGGAGCUGAUUGCGAGUGAAACACCUCUAGAUGUGCUAAUGGAAACCUCAGGGACAGACAUCCUGAAUGAUUCUGAUAUCAGAGCUCCCGUCAGCCCCCUGCACCUCGCUGCAUACCACGGACACCACCAUGCUAUGGAGGUUCUGGUGCAGUCUCUGCUGGAUCUGGAUGUGAGAAACAGCCAAGGGCGCACGCCCCUAGACCUGGCUGCCUUCAAGGGCCAUGUCGAAUGUGUGGACGUCCUAAUCAACCAGGGAGCCUCCAUCCUGGUCAAAGACUUUGCCUUGAAGCGAACCCCCAUCCAUGCAGCAGCUACUAAUGGUCAUUCAGAAUGUUUGCGUUUGCUAAUUGGAAAUGCUGACUUACCAAGUGCAGUAGACAUUCAAGAUGGGAAUGGACAAACCCCCUUGAUGCUGUCGGUCCUGAGUGGACACACUGAUUGUGUGUAUUCUUUGCUAAAUAAGGGGGCCAAUGUAGAAGCCAAAGAUAAGUGGGCCAGGACGGCCCUACAUAGAGGGGCGGUCACCGGUCACGAGGAAUGUGUGGAGGCCUUGCUUCAGCACAACGCCAACUUCCUGGUGAGAGACUGUAAGGGGCGCACACCGGUCCACCUGGCAGCGGCAUGUGGACACAUCGGGGUACUAGGAGGCCUGCUGCAUGCUGCCCAGUCAGUGGAAACUCUCCCUGUCUUAACAGACAACCAAGGCUACACCCCACUGCACUGGGCCUGCUACAAUGGUCACGAUACGUGUGUGGAGGUUUUACUGGAACAAGAGGUUUUCCAGAAGGCCGAAGGCAGUUGUUUCAGCCCACUCCACUGUGCUGUAAUCCAUGACAACGAAGGUGCUGCUGAGAUGCUGAUAGACACUCUGGGCCCUGCCAUUGUCAAUGCCAAAGACGGUAAAAACAGGACCCCACUACAUGCAGCAGCCUUCACUGACCACGUAGAGUGUCUCCAGCUGCUGCUGAGCCACAACUCUCAGGUCAACAGUGUUGAUGAUGCAGGGAAGACCCCGCUCAUGAUGGCUGCUGAAAAUGGCCAGACCAAUGCUGUUGAACUGCUGGUGAGCAGUGCGAAAGCAGAUCUCACUCUGCAGGAUGCUGUGAAGAACACUGCACUUCAUCUCGCCUGCAGUAAGGGACAUGAAACCAGUGCCUUAUUGAUAUUGGAGAAGAUUACAGACCGAAACCUCAUAAAUGCCACUAACGCCGCCUUACAGACGCCUCUACACGUGGCUGCAAGAAAUGGUUUAACUGUGGUGGUGCAAGAGCUGCUUGCAAAGGGAGCCAGUGUACUUGCAGUCGAUGAAAACGGUUACACACCCGCCUUGGCUUGUGCCCCAAACAAAGAUGUGGCAGACUGCCUAGCCCUCAUCCUGGCCACCAUGAUGCCUGUGUCCCCCUGUGCCCCAGCACCCACCCUCCCUUUCAGUGCCAUUAACCACUACAACACCAGCCCCUCCAAGAGCGUCACCUUCGACAGCCUGCCCGUGCUGCGCGGUGAGCACAGCUCCUACUGCAGCUUCAACAACAUCAGCCAUCAUGACGGCCUCUACAAAGAUGAAGAGCUCAAUGACUCAGAUUCGGAGACAUACUGAGGGACAGGAGGGAGAGAUAAAUGCAUACACACACACACACACACUGUGUCUUAAAAAUCACCCGCCGCCAGCUUGGGAAGACAGA